AUGGAAGAGAUGAAGGGACUUAAAGGUGAGUUCCUCAUGAACCAAGCUUCCAAUGAGAAAGUCCUGAACGAUUUGACGGAAACCUUGCGCAUUUACGCGAGAGAGAACCGAGACCUUGCCAGACUCAUCUACCGUUUCUUCGAAGAGAUAGACGCCAUCUGGAAGGUACUCGGAAAGGACAGAACAUGCAACACCGUACUUCGUGAGUACCAAAUUGAAGAAGGAAUUGUCGAGGAAGAAGAGGAAGAAAAGAAACACGAAGAAGAAGAGGAAGAAGAUGAAGAAGAGAAACACGAAGAAGAGGAAGUUUGGGCAACCCUUGUUGCCGAUGACGCUUACGAAAUUUCCCAACCCUACCCAUACCAAAUCCGCAACAAGGAGACAGGCAAGGUUCUUACCCCAGUCCUCAACAACUUGGGACACUUGAACCUUAACCUUCGGAAUCGCGGUUCAAUCUCCAUGGGCAAGCUUGUCGCAAUUCAAUGGGUUCCAAAUCCAGACAAGAAGACGAGGGUCAGACACAUUGACGGUGACAAGCUCAACAACCGUAAGGAGAACCUCGAGUGGUUCUAA